AUGUCCACCGCUGCUGUUGCCGCGAGCAUGUUGCUCAUUGCCACGUUCCUUGGACGUUCCCUCUGUCAAACGCCCAUGAACAUGCUGAUAGUGAUAGAGGAGCCAGACACGACGAUUUUGAGCAUCCUGAACGACGCUGCGCCACAAGCGGAGAAGAAUUUCGGCAACGGCGUCAUCACCGUGCAUAUUUCCACUGUGCAAGUCGAUCGGUCCAACGUGGACAGCAGUUUCGAGAAAGUAUGUGCUGCCUUAUUUAAGGGAAUCAGUAUCAUACUCGACAUGACCUGGACCGGGUGGGAUCGGCUAAGGAACCUGGCUGACGAGAACGGAAUAAUAUACAAACGGGGCGAUUGCAGUAUAAAUCCGUACGUUCAGGCGAUCGACGAUCUUUUGAUGUUGAAAAACGCCACGGACGUGGGCCUGAUCUUCGAAGAUGAAAGGGAGUUGAAUCAGAGUCUCUACUAUUUAAUCGGGAACUCGAUCAUACGGCUGGUAGUGAUCGACGAUUUUACGGAGAAAACGGUGUCGAAGAUCAGGAGCAUGAGACCGUCGCCAUCUUAUUACGCGAUCUACGCGGACACCGACAAGAUGGAGGAUCUCUUCAGAACGGCUGUACAAGGAGGCUUGGUAAAGAGAAAUGGAAUAUGGAACCUAGUAUUCACCGAUAACAAUUACAGAGACUUUAAGUUCAUCAACGGAGACCAGCAGUUGAACGUUUCUGUCACUGUUUUUUCCAUGAAGAUGGACGUUUGUUGCAAAUUAAUUGGCGACCACACUUGCAAUUGUCCUCCCGACGUUCAGAUAUUCCCACAUUAUUUUAAACGAUUAAUAGGACUCAUAGUGAACCUAAUGAGUGAAUUACAAAAGUCUGGAAUCAGCGUGGAACCAAAAACCGGUCGAUGUUCUUCGUCAAACGCGAGUAAAGCCUCUAAUCUUACAUCAGAGGCGUUCAAUAAGAACAUAUUAGCGAAAUUAGGAGGUAACGACACGUUCGAAUAUUGGUCAGACAAGAGAAUGAUAACGUACAAGGCUGAAAUCAAGUUAGAAGUUCUCGACAAUGGAAUUCUAGAGCCUCUAGCCACUUGGGCGAGGCGUAGUAAAAUUAAAGAAGCUGAAGGGAAGAAGAUAGAACCUGCCAGAAGAUUCUUUCGAAUUGGAACUGCUCCUUCAGUGCCCUGGACUGUCCCAAAAGUGGAUCCAGUAACCGGGCAAAUAAUGAAAGACGAAAACGGAAACGAAAUGUGGGACGGUUACUGCGUCGACUUCAUAAAGAAACUAUCCGAAGAGAUGCAGUUCGAUUACGAUCUCGUUGUGCCGCAAGAUCAUCAAUUUGGGAAGAAAUUACCGAAUGGACAAUGGGACGGAUUGAUCGGAGAUCUUGCAAAAGGAGAAACUGAUAUUGUAGUGGCAUCGUUAACGAUGACCUCCGAACGCGAAGAAGUGAUCGACUUUGUCGCGCCUUAUUUCGAACAAUCUGGCAUACUUAUCGUGAUAAGGAAGCCGGUUCGAAAGCCAUCACUCUUCAAAUUCAUGACAGUGCUGAAAGUGGAAGUAUGGCUGAGCAUCGUAGGAGCUUUAACUCUAACUGGCAUCAUGAUUUGGAUACUUGACAAGUAUUCACCGUACAGCGCGAGAAACAAUAAGCGUCUAUAUCCAUACCCAUGUCGAGAAUUCACGCUGAGAGAGAGCUUUUGGUUCGCGCUGACCUCCUUCACGCCUCAGGGUGGAGGAGAAGCUCCUAAAGCACUGUCGAGUAGAACUUUGGUAGCUGCUUAUUGGUUGUUUGUUGUUCUAAUGCUCGCUACGUUUACAGCCAACUUGGCUGCUUUCCUUACUGUGGAAAGAAUGCAGUCUCCUGUGCAAUCUUUGGAGCAAUUAGCGAGACAGUCGAGAAUCAAUUACACUGUACUGGCUAAUUCCAGCGUGUUUCAGUACUUUCAGAAUAUGAAGAAUGCAGAAGAUAAAUUGUACACAGUUUGGAAAGAAAUCACGUUAAACAGUACCAGCGAUCAGGUACAGUAUCGUGUCUGGGAUUACCCGAUCAAAGAACAAUACGGCCACAUUCUACAGGCGAUUACACAGGUUGGAUUGGUGAAAAGUUCCGAGGAAGGUUUUCGAAAGGUGAUAGAAAGCGAGAACGUUGAAUUCGCUUUCAUCCACGACUCGUCGGAGAUCAAGUAUGAGGUAACGAGGAACUGCAACCUGACAGAAGUUGGCGAAGUCUUUGCUGAACAACCUUAUGCAAUUGCUGUGCAACAGGGUAGCCAUCUGCAAGAGGAAAUAAGCAGAAAGAUUUUAGACUUACAGAAGAACAGGUACUUCGAAACUUUAGCAGCUAAGUAUUGGAAUCAGACUCUGAAGGCACAAUGUCUCAGUUCUGACGAUAACGAGGGAAUUACAUUGGAGAGUUUAGGUGGAGUGUUUAUCGCAACUCUUUUCGGACUAGCUCUAGCAAUGAUCACUCUAGCAGGAGAAGUUCUCUAUUAUCGUAAACGCAACGCAGAAAAAGACAAACAAAAAGACCAGAGUAAAGUGAGCAGUAUCGACGACAAGAAGAUGAUGAUGCAGAAAAUAGCGUCGAAACUACAAAUGAAACCUGCUCCAACAAAUCUAUUCUUCGAGAAAUCGACGAAUCCUCCUCGAGUCUCUCACAUUUCCGUCUACCCUCGGAAUUACCCCUUCAAAGAAUGA